AUGUCCGGACAAACCGCACUCCUCAUCGGUGCCACAGGCGCGACCGGGCGACAUGUUCUCAGAGAGCUGCUAAAGGAUCCUCAAUUUACCCGUGUCGGAGAAUUUGGCCGCCGUUCUUUGCCCGAGUCCGAGCUCCAUGGUGUCGAUACAUCCAAACUCCAACGCAAGGUAGUCGAUUUCGAGAAACUAGACGAGAAGGAAUGGAAGGAGGGUCGCUGGGACGUUGUUUUAUAUCACGUUGGUGUCUCUUUUACGUCUUAUCCUGCCUCAGCACCAGCUUAUCGAUAUGAGAAUAGUUUAGGCACGACCAGAAACCAAGCCGGAAGUGCUGAAGCAUUUGAAAAGAUCGACAGAGAAUAUGUUAUCAAUGCUGCAAAAGCUGCAAAAUCUACUGACCCAAGCCACCAACGCCUCGUGUACUUAUCGUCGGGCGGCGCAAACGCUUCUUCCUCUUUCCUUUAUACCAGGAGCAAGGGGCUUACCGAGCGCGGUUUGGCCUCGUUGGGUUAUAGUGACUUUAUUGAAGGCCACACCGCUCGGCUGCCCUUUGAAUAA